UCCCGAUCCGUCUCAUCGUCACCGGAUUUACUUCUCCUGCCGAUUUCGUUCUCCUGCACGACGUAUUUUGAGGGUCUAUUUUUUAUGCCUGGUUGUUUUACAUGACGGCAUCCCUUCCUGGUGAAUAAAUUGGUGGUCCUUAAAGUUCAUAGAUAAACUGUGUUCUAUAGUUCGGGAGACAGGAGACUAUGUCAUCAGAAAAGGAUAUCAUUAAGAAUGACGAAUGCAAAUCACCAUUGUCGACCUCCAAAAAGAAAACCCAAAAGUCUUUGAAGCUCAAACGUAAUUUUUUGAAGAAGUCCUCUAAUGAAAAAUCUACACCUGAUGAUACCAGCUCACCAUUAUCGAUCUCAAAAAUGAAAACCCCAAAGUCUUUGAAGCCUAAAGGCAAAAUCGUGAAGAAGUCCUCAAAUGAAAAUUCCAAACUUGGGGAAUCCAGUGCACCCUUGUCAUCCUCGAAUAAGAGAACCCUCAUUUCUCCAAAAACUGAAGGUAAAAACGUGAAUAAAUCCUCCAAGGAAAAGCCCGUGUUUUCUAACUCAAAGGAAUUCCAGAAGUCACAAAAGCUUGUGAAGAAGCCUAAUAAAAGUUCUAAACCAGUAAAUACCUCCCGAAAUCCUAAACCUGAAGUUACAAAGAAGGGGUUUCAGUCUGGUAAAGUGAAAGAAGGCAAAAGUUCAUCAAUGGUUUACGCCAGAAAUGAUGACAUGAAAACUCUUGGAGGAUGUAUCUUUAUGUGCAACCGAAAAACCAAACGAGAUUGUUAUCAUUAUCGUGUUAUGGGUGUCCAAGCACACAAGAAAGAGCUAGUCAUGGGGAUCAAACCUGGUAUGAAGCUUUUUCUCUUCGAUUUUGAUCUCAAGAUUUUGUAUGGUAUAUAUAUCGCAUCUUCAGCUGGUGGCAUGAAACUUGAACCAGCUGCUUUUGGUGGGGCCUUUCCUCUUCAGGUUCGCUUUGAGGUUUACAAGGACUGUGUUCCACUACCUGAGAAUGUUUUUAAGAAGGCAAUUAAGGAGAGUUAUGAUGAAAGAACUCACAAGUUCAAGACUGAGUUAACUAUUGAUCAAGUAAAGAAACUUACAAACCUAUUCAAGCCGGCUCCAUUGGUGCAUUCAAAUCCACAAUCAGUUGUUCACGAGCCUCGUAGACCAUCUGAACAAGAAAGUAUGCAUUUUUCAACUCCAGCUCUGGCUUCUCCUCCACUUUUAUUGACCGAAAAAGAGUAUAGGAGUUACGGUCUUAGAGGAGAAAGGCACAAACACUUGACCCCGGUUGGUCCUUCUGCUUAUGAUCCUUAUAGAACCGAUCAAGAAAGAGAAUGUAUUCACCCUGAUACCCUUUUCCUUGGUAGACCAUCUGAACAAGAAAGUAUGCAGUUUUUAAAGCCAGUGGUGGCUUCUCCCCCACAUUUAUUGACCGAGCAAGAGUAUAGGAGUUUCGGGCUUAGAGGAGAAAGACACAAAAACUUAACCCCGGUUGGUCCUCCUGCUUAUGAUCCUUAUAGAACCGAUCAAGAAAGAGAACGUAUUCACACUGAUACGCUUCUCGUCAGUAGACCACCCGGACAAGAAAGUAUGCAAUUCUUGAAGCCAACCGUAGCUUCUCCUCCACUCUUGUUAACCGAACACGAGUAUAGGAGUUAUGGACUUAGAGGAGAAAGGCACAAAAACUUAAUCUCGGUUGGUCCUCCUGCUUAUGAUCCUUAUCGAACCGAUCAAGAAAGAGAACGUAUUCACCCUGAUACGCUUCUUGUCAGUAGACCACCCGAACAAGAAAGUAUACAAUUCUCGAAGCCAACCGUGGCUUCUUCUCCACUUUUAUUAACCGAACACGAGUAUAGGAGUUAUGGGCUUAGAGGAGAAAGGCAUAAAAACUUAACCCCGAUUGGUCCUCCUGCUUAUGAUUCUUAUAGAACCGAUCAAGAAAGAGAAGUUGCCCCCCCUGAUGCACUUUUCCUCAGUGAAAGAGACUAUCGAACUUAUGGCCUUAAAGGUCGACAAGAGAAUCCCACAUCAUCGACUCCAAACAUAGAUACAAGCAAUCACGCAACAAGUUUUUAUCCAUCAGAUCCAUACAAUUCUUAUAAUCAAAAUCUCAGUUUCGUGGAUCGUUAUCUUCCUCAACCUCCGGCAGCUCCCUCUAGUGUGUAUGGAUACGACUCUAUGGAGGACAGACGAUUUCAUCAAGAAACCAUUUUACCCGAUAGAGUAGAAAGAUUAUAUUCGGCAAAUGGCUCAGAGUACAACCAGAUCGAGCAUCAGAGAGGGGGUGAACUCGAAAUCAGAUCCGCACCUGUUUCAUCUCGGUAUGCCUUUGCUGGGCCUUCUGUAAUAUACCGCUGAUGUAAGGUUCGUUUUCUUUUUUUGCAUAAUGUGGUUCGAUGUUCUUGUGUUUAAAUGAAAAACUUGUUACUGGCCACAUUUUUUACUGUUAGCAGUAGAUUACUGUAACAUUGUUAUCAAAUUAUGUGUUCCAAUUCUUGGAUUCCCUGGUGUUAAAAUGGCAUUAUCUUCAAGUUC